AUGUCGAUUGCUCUUGUGGGUGGCCCAUUUGACCUAUGUCUCGAGGGAGACAUGUCCAUUACUCUUGUGGGUGCCCCAUUUGGCCUAUGUCUCGAGGAAGACAUUUUGAUGAGAGUGGCCUGUUUGGUCUGUCUCGAGGGAGACAUGUCGAUUGCUCUCAUGGAGAUUGACAACAUGCAUAACGUCGAAAGUAACUUGUCUUCAACGGAGGUGAAGGAGGCUCGAUCACCUGCUUGGAACCAAGCUGGUAAGUGA